GUUUCGUGUCUUUCAUAGAGUCUUGACUUCUUGACGGACUGAUCAGUCAAUCUCCGAGUACUUCUAAUUACUUUAUCUGUCAAUCAUUAUCGUAAAAAAACAAACAAUCCAUGUCAUAACAAAACCUGUUUUUUAAAGCGACGCCGUUGUUUGAAGCGGCAUCAUAAGAAGUGAACUCGGGCAGCCUUUAGAGGAUUAGAAACAAGCAUGUCCCUGUCAACAAUUUUGCAGCUGAUUUUGGGUGCUUAUAUCUCUUUGAACCACUUUGGAGUGUCUGUAGGCACGUGUAUAGAUGAAGGAUUUUGCAACGAGAAGGAUGAUGGAAACUACAGCAAUCCAGAUACAUGUUUUGGAUACAUUGCGUGUUCUGGAGGCAUUGCUCAUGAAAUACCUUGCGCAGAAGGACUGAUGUUUAACGACGAUAAAAUAGUGUGUGACUAUCCAGAAAACACAAAGUGUGAGAUCCUGGGAGGAGUAAGAGACUCGCCAUCUUUUGGAAAUCUGCCUUGUGGUGCACGUCACAUGUCCCGGAUCGUCGGAGGUGAAGCAGCCAUUCCACACUCGUGGCCGUGGCAGGCAGAGCUUCAAAUAAAAAAGGAAGCUUCUGGAGCGUUUCAUUUCAAAUGUGGUGGAACAUUGAUUACACCUCAGUAUGUAGUAACAGCCGCCCACUGCGUUUUCGGUAUGCCUUUUCCGCAGUCAUACAAGAUCCGACUCGGAGUCCACGACCGCUCAGUAUCUGACCAAGUACAGACCAUCAGUGUCUCUGAGAUCCACAUCAACAGAAGAGCUAUGACAGAUGGAUAUGGCAACGACAUCGCUUUAAUAAAGCUCUCCCGACCGGCUAUGCUUAAUGCAAGAGUUGGUUUGGCUUGUAUGCCAAGUGGAAAAAAGACGGAUCGAGUGACCCCUGGAACAAUGUGUUAUAUAACAGGUUGGGGCAGUUCUUCUUUCGGGGGACAAAAGUCCCAAAUUCUUAAUCAAGCUAAGAUGCCCAUCGUUGACUACAAGACUUGCGCACAAGCUAACAAAGCUCUCGGAGAAGUGGUGGAUACGAUGAUGGUAUGCGCAGGUUAUGGUGGAGACAGUAAACUUAGCGGUUGUCAUGGAGACAGUGGUGGGCCUCUUGUUUGCCAGGACGAGACAGGACGCUGGACUCUACGUGGUACAGUCAGCUGGGGAGACCAUUACUGCAACGGAGGGCCGACUUACUCUGUCUUCGUACGGAUCAACAGCUACAUUGAUUGGAUAAAAUGCAAGAUGACGUCACAACCGUUACAGCCACCCCAGGGAUGUGUCGACACUCAUGAUUUUUGCGGUACCUGGAAUGGUUACAAUCUGUGUGAAAACCCCUACUUCCGCAACAUGCUGAAAACGUUCUAUUGCAAAAAGACCUGCAAUGCUUGCUAAAAAAGGAAGGAGCUGUCUCUUUUCAGAAACUUGCUGUUUGUAUUUCCUCUGUAAAUGAAGAAAGGAAACAUGCAAAAACUUUGUUUCUGCCAUGUUUCCGGUUUGUCUAUUUGUUUGUGCAUUUUAACUGAGCUGUGAAAUAAUAUGUCAAUAAAAUAAUGAGCAGGGAAAAUCAAUGGGUCUACCUAUAUUUACUGGCCCGCCUCUAUUCACUUAAAUCCUAACCUGCGAUCCAUGUAACGUUAUCGAAUUCAUUGCUUUAAUUAAAUAAAUCUGUCGAAUUCAACCUAACAGACAGAAUGGUAUAAAUAACUCAUCCAAAGUUUGAUGACAUUAGAAUUUGGCAAAGAAAGGCUUUUGAUGGCUCAGUGUGUACUGACGACGAAUCUGUCAUUUGUGCCCCAC